GUAAAGGACCCUACGGCCGUAGAAAGGGCAAAUUUACUGAACAUGGCCAAAUUGAGUAUCAAAGGACUCAUUGAAUCGGCUUUGAGCUUCGGCCGCACUCUGGAUUCUGACUACCCACCUUUGCAGCAGUUCUUUGUUGUCAUGGAGCACUGCCUGAAGCAUGGCCUUAAAGUAAGAAAAUCCUUUCUAAGUUACAAUAAAACCAUCUGGGGUCCUCUGGAACUUGUGGAGAAGUUAUACCCAGAAGCUGAGGAAAUAGCAGCAAGUGUCAGAGAUUUGCCUGGCCUUAAAACACCACUGGGCCGUGCCCGGGCCUGGUUACGGUUAGCACUAAUGCAGAAGAAAAUGGCCGACUAUCUUCGCUGUUUAAUCAUCCAGAGAGAUCUUCUCAGUGAAUUUUACGAGUAUCAUGCACUGAUGAUGGAGGAAGAAGGAGCAGUUAUUGUUGGGCUAUUGGUUGGGCUCAAUGUGAUAGACGCUAACCUGUGUGUGAAGGGAGAAGACCUAGAUUCACAAGUUGGGGUGAUCGAUUUCUCGAUGUAUUUGAAGAGCGAUGAUGACAUUGGUGGUAAGGAGAGAAAUGUACAGAUUGCUGCAAUUUUGGACCAAAAGAAUUAUGUUGAAGAACUGAACAGGCAACUGAAUAGCACAGUUAGCAGUCUACAUGCAAGAGUCGAUUCGCUAGAGAAAUCCAACACUAAACUCAUCGAAGAGUUAGCGAUAGCCAAAAACAAUAUCAUUAAACUUCAGGAAGAAAACCAUCAAUUAAGGAGUGAAAAUACACUCAUCUUAAUGAAGACACAGCAUCAUCUAGAGGCAACGAAAGUGGAUGUGGAAGCAGAACUUCAGACAUACAAACACUCCAGGCAGGGUUUAGAUGAAAUGUACAAUGAAGCACGUAGACAGCUUCGAGAAGAAUCACAGCUACGACAAGAUAUGGAGAACGAGCUAGUGGUUCAAGUUAGUAUGAAACAUGAGAUAGAGCUUGCCAUGAAGCUGCUGGAGAAGGACAUCCAUGAAAAGCAGGAUACCCUCAUAGGCCUUCGGCAGCAGCUGGAUGAAGUUAAAGCAAUUAACAUGGAAAUGUAUCAAAAGCUGCAG